CAAACCCUUACCCUUUUUUCACCUUUUGGCCAUGGACUUCAACCAAAGCAAGUUCUCGAACAACUUUUGGGAUCUUGGCUUGGGCAUGGAAGAUCAAACCCUCCAUACCAAUGACCAACAUCAUCAUCAGCCGCCUUUCACUUCCCUUUGGCCUAGCAUCCAUCUCCCAUUAAUGCACCAAACAACUCCAACUACUUCCCAGAUUCCAUCUUCCCACUUUGUGAAUGAUAGUAGCAUUGGGGUUGUGGCAAAUCAAAUCGAAGACAAGGAUGAAGAGCCUGAAGAGGAGCUUGGAGCCAUGAAGGAGAUGAUGUACAAGAUUGCGGUGAUGCAACCAGUCGACGUCGACCCGACGACGAUUCGGAAGCCGAAGAGGCGGAAUGUCCGGAUCAGUGAUGAUCCUCAAAGUGUAGCGGCGCGCCUCCGGCGGGAAAGGAUAAGCGAGAAGAUCAGGAUCCUCCAGAGGCUCGUCCCCGGGGGGACAAAGAUGGACACGGCUUCGAUGUUGGACGAGGCUAUUCGCUAUGUCAAGUUCUUGAAGCGACAAAUCCGUUUGCUUCAACAGCCAAAUAACCAAAACCCUACACCAGAUCAGGGCGCAGUCACGGGGAGCUUGGUGGGAGGGGAUUGGCAAGGCGUGAUUGCACCGAGCAAACCACCCUCCACUACCUCGUCAUCGUCCUUCGAAGCACAGGUCGGAUCAAGGUUUGGGUUCUGGUCCAAUGGUGGUGGUGGUGGUAAUUCGUGCUUCAAUGGCCAUGAGGUAAUCAGUGAAUAAUUUAAGGUUGUCCGCUUGUACUUUAUGGGGUCAUCGUAUUUGAAUUAUAAUAAUUUAUUAUAAGGAAGUGUGUACUAUAUACUGGUGAAGUUGUGAGAUAUAUUAAUUUAUGUAAGAUCUAAGUGUAAUAGUUUCUAAGAGGUCGUCG